AUGUCGACCUCCGAAGACGCAAAUGCAUCAACGGCACAAGAGCAAGAACCUGAGGCAGAGCAAGAACAGGAUCAGCAAUCGGAAGAAUGGGAGACGAUGGCCCGAGCUUGGCUCUGUUCCUUCCCGGAGGCCAAGGAAGUGAGCAUCACCGAAGUCGAGGCCUGGAUCGACUCCAACCUCGCCUCUCUCCCGGAAGGCCUCCGAUCCAUGCCUCGCCCCGAUCUCUCCCACCGACUCAUCUCCUUCCAGAAUUGCAUUAGACUCCCCAACCAGAAGAGGGAAGCAAGUCAGCUUGAUCUUCCGCAAGCACGGUUCCAGCGCACUGAUCAGUGGAUUCCGGUUUAUUCGUGGCUGGAGACUUUGGAUAAAGAUGAGGUGGUUAAGUCCAAGGAGAUUUCUGACUGGUUAACCGAGAACCCUAGCGUCCAAGAACAGUUGUGCUCCCGGCAUUCUCGAUACCAUUUGAUGCAUUACAUCAAGAAAUGCCAUCUCAAGAUAUUAAAAAGAAGGGAUAAGAAGAAGAGUGUAGAGCAGCCUGACAAAGACUCGUCGUUGAAGGUUCAAAAAGACAUGGUGAUGAAACAUCCAGCUCCCCUUCCAAGUAGUUCUGUAAGUAAUCUGCCCAAAGACAGCGAUUUGUUCCUGGCGAAAAAAAAUGAAGCCUAUCGUAAAUAUGAGAUUUUGGUAGAGUUGGAGAAGCUACUUUCCCCGUCAUUCUCAAAGCAACCUAGCAUAUAG